AUGUGCACCUACGGGGAGAAAAAGAAUACCACAGUUGACCAGCAGCUGAACAGCAGCAUCUCUCUGCACGGCUUCACAAACCAUUUACAGGGCAAUAUGAAGCUGUUGGUCUGGCUCAGUGUUCUCCUCUGCCUCUUUGCCUGUCAUCUCAGUGAGGCCAGAGUCAUCCCAGAAGGAGUUCCAUAUGACGAACCACCAGCUGUUCCUUACUGGCCCUACUCCACCUCCGACUUCUGGAACUACAUUGAAUACUUCAGAUCCAUUGGCGCCUACAACCACAUCAAUGAGAUGGCCCGGGCCUUCUUCGCCCACCAGCACCUUGGAGACACCCUGGGAUAUGAGACCAAUGCAGGACAUGAACACUGAAAGGGGGCUGAAGGGAGCCUGGAUUUAUUGAGAUAGCCAAAGUGAAUAAAAUGGAAAACAUAUGAGGACAUAAGGGAUUUAAUAUAGAGUAAAAAUAAAUUAAAUGAGGUGAAUACUGCAUUUUUUUUCCCCUUUCCAAAGUAUAUCACCGUUUGUAGCAUAUCCACACAUAUAGAACACAAAUGUAGAGUAUGUAGCCCUUUUGUAGGAUUGUAUAAUAUCCUUAUGUAAUGUGCCAAAAAUAAAUAAAAUAUUUCCCAGAUAUGUUAA